ACUCCUGUUUGAGCAAAUCCGUUUGGUUUCUGCUGCUGUUUCAACACAAAGACACCGACGGACUUUCAGGAAGGUUCUCGCUCACUGUAUGAACAUGACGUCUCUGAAGACACAGCGUUUCCUGCCCAUUACUGUCCUCCUCUUCCUGUCCAUCGUCCCCACAGUAUCUGAAGUGGUGAACUCACUGUCAGAGUGUGAGGGGUUUCUUCUGAAUGAAACUCCACCACAGGUCCCAGGGAUCUUGGAAAAUAAGAUGAUCCUGGACCAGAACCGAUACAAAAUCAUUUGCCAGACUUAUAAGAGCGAGAAAAAGUUUCUGACGCUCUACGACACCGAGAAGAAGAUUCCAGUGUUUUCUGCCAACAAGUACAGAGGGAUAGGGGAAAACGCCAGCAGACCCAAUAUAAAAUUUAUGAUAGAGCCACAGCUCGAAUGUGAUAAGAACAUGAGGAAUGAAGAGAAAAACCUGGCCUACAAACACCAGGCUGAAAACAGUGAUUACUCUGACAAUGAAAUGUAUAACAGAGGCCAUUUAUUCCCAAGCUCUUAUGGAUUCAGUAAAGCUGACAAAGAAUCUACCUUCACUCUGACCAACGUGGUUCCUCAAGCAAAGAAAUUCAACAACGGAAGCUGGAACAGCAUGGAAACAUGUGUCAAAUGUAUCAUGGAUAAACACUGCAUCAACAACAACAAAGAUGUUGAAGCCUAUGUGGUGACCGGAGCACAGCCUGGCAAUAAGCUCCUCAAAGAAAGGGUUAAUAUUCCCUCAAUGCUCUGGUCAGCAUUCUGCUGCUACAGCUCCACACAGGAGAAGUGGAUAGCAAGUGCACACUGGGGAGACAAUGUUCCUGAUGAUCCAACUGGAAAACAUCUGGAGACGAAGACUCUGGAACAACUUCAUGACAAACUGAAGACAGGGAGCAAAGUGUUUGAAGUGUUUCCUGAAACCCAGUGUCCUCUCAAGACAACUGUCACUGAGCUUUACCCACAAAUGGAAAAAAGAUGCCAAUGUCCACCUUCCAGUUCACACACUUAAACAUCUGGUUAUCUCAGUACACCAUCUACUCUGCUCACCUCCACAUCUGGCCCAUGGUCUUUUUCUGCCCAUUCAACCUCAACAUCUGUUCAUCUUAUGUCAUCGUCUACAACAUCUGGACCUCACUCUUAAACCUCUCGCCCGAUCACUCUAACAUCCAGCCCACUAACCACCACAUCUGGUCCACUCCCUGCAACAUCUGGUUCUCCAUAUUCACAUCUCACCACUUCAUCAGCACAUCUGAGCCACAGACAGAAGACUGACCUUUAACCUUUAACUCAACAUCUCAAACAUCCUGUUAAAAUUAGGAUCUGAGUGUUUUUCACUUCCAUGAAUCAGCAAAUAUAUGAACAUACCACUAACCUGUCUGAUCAGCUCAGUGGUAUAUUAAUGUUUAUCUGUUUGGAGAAUACAGCAGAUUAGAUUUUAAGACUGAGUCAAAUGAGGCAGCAACAGUCCUGGUUUUACUAACUCUGUGAUGAUGAUGUUCCCCAGCCAGGCCACCAGGAGGCAGCAGUGAGCAGGUGGUUGUGAGUGAAUCUGAGCAGACUGAGGAUCAUUGGCACAGUCCAUAUGGAUUUACUUUAGCUUGCUUUUAUUCUGAAGGAGACUUCAGUCUUCUUCAGAACAGUUAAACAAAAAAAAAAAGCAUUCGCAUUAUUUUCUGCAAGUGAUGUGUUUAAUAUAUGUUUGAAUAGUUUGAA